AUAUGGGCUUAGACCGUCUUGACUUCCAUGUCAUCAACCUUUCUUCUUCUUUUUCUUUCUCUGUAAGAAACUUUGCAGAGAUCUCUCACAUCUUAGAAAAUCUAGGGUUUCAGAAUUUUCUGGAAUCCAAGAGCGAGUAACAACAAUGGCGAGCCAUAUAAUAUCUGGAUUCAAAGAGACCGUUCAGUCGAUCACCGGAGCAGCUCGUCCGUGGCGUGAUUUUCUGGAUCUCUCCGCCUUCAGCCUCCCGUCCUCCGUCGCCGACGCCACCACCCGCGUCUCACAGAACCUCACACAUUUCCGUAUCAACUACUCUAUCAUCCUCUUCUUCCUCCUCGCAGUAACCCUAAUCACACGCCCGAUCGCGAUCCUCGCCUUCAUCUCUGUAGGCUUCGCCUGGUUCUUCCUCUAUUUUGCUCGCGAGGAGCCUCUCACGAUAUUCGGCUUCUCCAUCGACGACGGCAUCGUGGCGGUGCUCCUCAUCAGUCUGACGAUUGCCGCGCUCGUCACCACCGGAGUCUGGCUGCAGGCUCUCUCCACCGUCGGAUUCGGCGUCCUGCUCGUGAUCCUGCACGCCGCGCUCAGAGGAACGGAAGAUCUAGUGGACGAUCUCGAAUCACCGUACGGACCGAUGCUCUCCGGCGCCGGCGGCGACAACGAUGGCGCGCGUGGAGAUUACAGCGGUAUAUGAUCAAUUCCUUAUUUGGUCGAUGCACAUUUGGGGAUCUAGUUUUUUACACUCCGAAUUGGACAUGUAAAUCCGAAGUGGUUGUGCCAUAGACAACAUUGCUGAAGCAAACGGAUGGUUCAGAAGGAACAAACUGUUCAAAAACUAAACCAGAUUCAAACCGGUUCCUCUCAAUCCCCCCCGGUCCGGUUUGACAUGCAUACA